UUAUCACAUUCAUCUAUCAAGUGCUGAUAAGGAAAUCGCUCAAAGCCAUCUCCCAGCACAGUCUGCUUCCUGAACGCUCGACGUGUACACCCUACAUACGUACAUAGUGCAUCCUAGUGUUCGUUUGUGUCUUGGAGUAGAAGGGGGUGGAUACGGGAUAUCGAGUCGCAGCAGGAAGACCCAGACUGACAGUUACCAUAAUUAGCAAUGAGGACGUGGCUAAUACUAAUCAGCCUGAGUCUGGCUUGUGCUCAGUCGGACUUCACUUUGCUUUCGGAGGAAGAACGCGCCAACACCCAGACAAUCCGGAUAACCGAAGUGCGAAAGGUGUCUCGCCAAAGCACACAGACCAGCGUCCCCGGAGACUUCCCACAUCGAGACCACGACGUCAAAAUCGUGCUGGAAGACCACCCGCACUUCGCCGACGUCAAGAGGUGGCUUUUGGCGUUCAUGCGCGGCGAGGAACAGUUCACGAGCGCCUUCGACGUCCAGGAGAACGUCGGCAGCGAGCAGAAGGAGAUUGUGUUCCCGACGGAGCUCAUACCCAAAGCCAACGUGGUCUUCAUCACUGCGAGGGACGCUGCUGGGAGUACGGUAGCAUACGGAUCGGCACAGUUUAAAAUUCCGGAUCUGAACUCGAACCUGGCUUGGGUGGGAAGAGCCUACGAUCCGUCCGCUUCCUUUCUGCGCGUGGACACUGGCACCUUACCGGUAGUAGAAAUCGGAUCCCAUGUAUGCAAGCAGAACACGAGUCCCUGCUACAUCCUGAAGGAGAGCCUCCCAGAGGUUAUUCCACGGUGCCUCAACCUCACGGAUUCGAUCACCGAUGAGCACGUGGUGCUGUGUGAUGAGACAAUGGUUCCUUACCACAGACUAUCCUCGUCUGUAACUGCCGACUUCAAAGACGAUGAACUGUUACUGAGCCUAACCCCCCCUCAAACCGAGGUCGUGAAGAGCAUCGAGGUCGUCGCCUACAACCCGAGGGAUCCCUCCACCGUCUAUUCCCCUGACGACUCCCAGUGUAGUCCCCAGGGAGGAAAGGGGGCACCGGGGCAAGUAGAGUGCUCCCAGAACCUCAGAAUGACGGAGAGAGUCGACACGAUUGAGUUCAUUGUGGUGGUGUUCAUGUCUCAGAACGAGUCGCAGCCAGAGUCCAUUCUCCUCAGGCACGGAUUUAUAGUCGACGAUGGCCAGACGCAGACGGGUGUGAUCAUAGCCGCUAUCAUAGGCGUGCUGUUCGUGGUGGCGCUCAUCGCGGCCAUUGUCAUCUGCAUCAGGAAGAACAAGAGCAAAGGAAACCACGAAGUCGCCAUGAACGCGACCACUAAGUACACAUCAGCCCCGACUUCCGAUCCUGAACCAGCAUAAUGUGUUUCCUCACGUAAUAUAAUUUUUACAAAUAACAAUUAUGUAUAAGUCUCACAAUACUGAUAAGACUGCUCCAUCUGUAAAUACACAAUAGACGUUUUGUCCACGUCCUCUUUUUUAUGGUGAACGAAAAAAAAA